AUGCUUGGUCACAUUACACUUGGGGAGGGUACUCUAGCAAAGGACUGGACGGUGGCGCACAAGCACGCACACAAGCAAGCGCACAUGCUCAUCUUGCAUGGCUCUGCGACAAGCAAGGAUCGGAGAGCGAGCAUAGUGUUGGGACUAGGGGGCUGGUUGAUGGAGUUGGGUAUCAUCCAUGCUGGUGCCAUCAGACUCACAGUCAAGUCGCCGCAUCUCAUGUCAAGCGAGGAGCUCAGCGAGGACCUCGAUGCGAUACUCUGCAUUGGCGAGAGCGAGUACAAGGAGCUACUGAGGCUGGCUCACUCUGCAGUCAUUGCACACCCCAACUUUGACUUGAUUGGGAGGGGUCUAUCAGCAGAUGCUUGGGUGGAGUCAAGGGUACACCCCAUCAACGCCGUGCCCAAUGUGUUGGAGAUUUGCGCAUCUGUCCCAGUCUUUACCACUCUAUUGACCUCUUUUCCAGCAGAAGCGCAGCUUGCAGAGAUUCACCGCUCAGAAAUUCAGCAAAUGUUUGCUGCCGCUGCUUGGAUGUGCCUUGGUGCUGACCCAGAGCAAGUGGCGGGUAUUGUGGAUGGACUCAGGACAGUCACAAGCAUCAAUGGUCUCUACUAUUUUCCAGUAGUCUCCAAUGAUGAGCACCGCCUUUGA